AUACAUAUGAAGCCCUCUUUCUCUCGAAUUUGAAGUUUUAAGCGCGUUAAACUCGCGCGCCGGAAGAACGCCGGCUAAUGGGAGCUUGCUGGCCCUCCAAGCUUGGGAGCUGAUAUCCCACUUUCGUCACCGGCAUUUACUUCUAUCAAAGAAUCCAAUGUCUGAAGAUUGAGCGGGCAAGCUUUAUUGACUUUUGUGUUUCGUACCACCAUUAUCGCUUCUUCGGUUCUGCCCAGUCCUCUCGGAGGCUGGCGCACUGGCUCGCGCUCUUCAUAUAAGCUAUGCCCCUACAGAUAAUGCUCAUAUCCUUUCACAAUGGACGGCGAUUGGGCUGAGGUCACCCGGAUUCCGUUCCCGCCUCCGGGCGUGCACGCGAUGCCCACUCCGGUUGCGACUAUGACCUUCGAUAACUCUCAGGAACUUCUUUGGACAGGCAACGAAUAUGUACGUCGAAAAGGGUGAGAUGUAGAAGCUGGACUGGCGCUGAUUGGUGUUUCAGGGUCGAGUCACUUCCUUCUAUGGGACCGAAUUGCAGCGAUAUACCUCUUUCAAGGCCCAUGCCUCCUCUGAUGGCCCGAUUCGUCAAAUACUCGUCAAUGAGAAAGGAAUUGUUUCCCUCGGUGCUAAAGAUAUGCAUAUGGCCAUUCGGAGAGGACUACCUAUAUGGCAUAUUAGGUAGGAUGAUUCAACUCCAUAUGAGAUCGACUGAUGCUGAUCUUUGCCAGACAUGACGAUAUGAAAGAUUUGCGAUGUAUGAGCUUUACGUCUAAGGGAACGGCAGAGGUUAUCGCUGCAGGAAUGCAAGACACGAUGCUUGUCAUUGACCUCAUUAAGGGUGAUGUUGUCAAACAAGUGCCUACCGAACACCAGUACACAAUAAUGAGACGCGGGCGAUAUAUAUGCGCCGCAACUCAGACCGGUUCCGUCAACUUACUGGAUCCUGUCACUUUUGCUGUCAUCAAGUCUUGGAACGCGCACUCUGCUUUGAUUAAUGACAUGGACGCUCAGCAUGACUUCAUCGUAACUUGCGGAUACUCCUUAAGACAGGGUCAGAAUUACAUGCUUGACCCGUUCCUUAACGUCUUCGAUAUAAAGAAGAUGUCAUCGAUGCCCCCUAUUCCUUUCCCAGCUGGCGCUGCCUACGUGCGCAUGCACCCGAGGAUGUUGACGACCAGCAUCGUUGUCUCACAAAGUGGACAAAUGCAUGUUGUUGACUUAAUGAAUCCCAACACAAGCGACGUACGGUUGGCUAAUGUUACUUCCUACUUGAGCAUGUUUGAGAUUGCACCCUCUGGCGAGGCGAUUGCCCUCACAGAUGCUGAUUGCUCGAUUCACCUUUGGGGAUCCCCAACAAAACUCCAUUUCGUGGACUUACCAACUCCGAUCGAAUUCGCAACUCCCGAAGAGCCCCUGCCCAAUAUUGACUGGGGCCCAGAUACACCCCUGAACAUGAUCGGAUUGCCGCAUUAUCGAGAGGCUCUGGCAUCCGCCUGGCCAGACAUCCCCUGCGAUGUUGGAGCACCUCCUGUCAAGUUUGAUCCACAGUUCCUGGCAGGGCUCAAGCCGACUGAGUUUGGGAUGUACGGUCGCAAUACUCGGGGUUUGCGAAGAAAUCAGGCCGAGAACACUCGAAACGUGAACAAAUCAGGAAGCUCUGGGCUCAAGGCCCCGAAAUUCCUCAGUGAAAAAGCCCGCGAGCUUGCUACUAGUAAUGCCGCUGCCUCUGAUAAGAAGGCUGACGAGCUGAUCAGCUCUCUUACUGAUAUGGGACUUGAAAGCAAGAAGUCUGACGUUCCAGUCAUGUAUAGAACUGUUGAGAUCAAAUACAGCAAAUUCGGGGUGGACGACUUUGACUUCGGUUUCUACAACAACACGCGAUACUCUGGACUCGAGACUCAUAUCUCGAAUUCAUAUGCUAACUCGCUUUUACAAAUCAUGCACUUCACUCCUGUCAUUCGAAAUCUUGCUCUUCAGCAUGCUGCUACCUCUUGCGUGAGCGAGAUUUGCCUGCUGUGCGAGCUUGGAUUCUUGUUUGAUAUGCUUCAAAAGGCUGAAGGCUCGAUAUGCCAAGCAACGAACUUACUAAAAACCCUGAGUAAUCACCCUCAAGCCGGUCCUCUUGGUCUACUCGAGGAAGAUCCUCAUGGAUCAUCUCUUAACGUUAUGCUUCAAGGACUCACUCGAUUUCUCCUGGAUAAAAUAGUGCAUGAUUAUAGGACUAUCAACCCAUCGUCGACUGCCAUGGACCAGGUCUUGGCCACUUCCGCAACGACCUCAAUCAGAUGCAUAAACUGUAGGAGCGAAUAUACUCGACCUGGAUCAACAUAUGUCAAUGAUCUGCUUUAUCCAUCUCCUGCCGGCAGCCGAAAUGCCAAGUUACCACGCAUCAGCUUUUCUCAAGUUCUCAAAAAUAGUGUUGAAAGGGAAACGACGUCCAAAGGAUGGUGUAGUCGAUGCCAGCGGUACCAGACCAUAGCGACGAGAAAGAGCAUUCACAGUAUACCGGCUGUACUCAUGCUAAACACCGCCAUCACAAACCAAGAUCAACGAAUGCUUUGGUCAACACCAGGUUGGCUUCCCGAGGAGAUUGGAAUCAUCGUAGAACAAGGGCAGUUUUUCUGUUACGAAGGCGAAGACCUGAAACUUCACCUCCAGAGGGGCAUCCACAACAUCGCAGUGUAUUCGCUGACAGGCAUGGCCAUUAAUAUUGAGAGUGGACAAUCGCAAAAGUCACACCUUGUUUCGAUGGUCAAUGUGGCACAUGCAGAACCAGAGGCGCCUGGAGAGAGUCGAUGGCAUCUUUUCAACGACUUCUUGGUGAGGUCGGUUAGCACGGAAGAGGCACUCGCUUUCAACACAUCUUGGAAGGUCCCUUCUGUAAUUGCAUACCAGAUAAGAGAUGAGAACAACAAGAUCGAUACUGAAUGGAGGAGCAACAUCGACACUUCCAUACUUUACCAAGACUUCAAUGCAAACGCCGAUCCAUCAACAAAGACCUAUCAAGUGCUCAACCCUGAGACUGAGGCGCCUGGCCCCAAUACCAUUAUUGCACUGGACACUGAGUUCGUUGCUGUGCGACAACCUGAAAUUGAAAUGAAUUCUGAUGGUGAGCGGGAAACCAUACGGCCGAUAGUGUACGCACUUGCUCGUGCAUCAGUUGUCCGCGGUCAGGGGGAAAACGAAGGGACACCCUUCAUCGAUGAUUAUAUCAACAUAAAGGAACCGAUUGUCGACUAUUUGACAUCGUAUUCGGGAAUCACUGAACAAGACUUGGAUCCUAGAGUUUCGAAACAUAGUCUCCUGUCGUUGAAGAUGGCAUACAAGAAGAUGUGGAUUCUUCUUAACCUCGGAUGCAAGUUCCUUGGCCACGGACUAAAACAAGACUUCCGAGUUAUCAACAUACACAUUCCUAAAUCGCAGGUCAUCGACACGAUUGACCUGUUCUUCCUCCAAACUCGGUUAAGGAGGCUAUCGCUGGCUUUUCUGGCGUGGUAUCUCUUGAAGGAAGAUAUCCAAAUGGAGACCCACGAUUCGAUCGAAGAUUCACGGACAGCACUCAAGUUGUAUAAGAAGUAUCUCGAGUUCCAGGAUGCCGGAAUCUUGGAGACCAUAUUGCAAGAUAUUUACCGAGCUGGCCGAGAGGUCAACUUCAAGCCGCCUCGCAAGGACGGCCAGCAUAUCCCAAGGACGGACACCCCUCCCCCUUUGCCAGUCGAUGGCUCAACAGGGCCGGUAACACCUGUCAGAAGCCACAACAUUCUGGCACAGACACCUGGAUCUGCAUUCGGAGGUGGCUCUAGCUGGACACCAGGAAAGGGAUCACCAUUACCAUAGGAAUCGGAAGGUGGAAAUUCCAAUCAGCAGGAUCCAGAAGAGGAAGAAGAGCUACUGAUAGAUUUUUGUGAGAGCGAAGAGGUGGAUGAGCAUUGGAGGGAAAGGCAGCAGCAAAGCCACCCACUAUUGAUGAGAUGAAGAUUUGAUCAGCGUUCGAGCAAGAGCUAAAUUUGAUGUGGGAGAGUUGGCAUUAAGCAUAUAUUGGCUCUUAGAAGCUUAGAAACUAAGGUAAGGUAAGCAGCGUAAGGUACUUAGAAAAGACUACUAGCAUUUAUGAAUGAAUCUGGCUGUGUUCUUGGUUAAGAGGUAAUCGACACUGGCAUCAGAAAGACCUAAACCUGGAAUCUUCAUACGCCGAGCCCUUGCUUCUUUCCCAGGAUAAUUAAGUACC